AUGUCGUUUGUACUCGCCCAGCAAGUGACGGUCAACCAUGAGGUCACCGGGUACCUGGGAAAGAAGGUGGUCCUACCCUGCAACAUUGUGGUAACUGAGCCUGAGAUGCAGGUCAGCCAAGUGACCUGGGUGAAGGAGGUCGAAGGCCGGAGGCAGAAUGUGGCCGUGUACCAUCCAAAGCACGGACAAAACUAUCCAAUGGAGAAGAAUAGCAGGCGCAUCGUUUUUCACGUACCAUCCUUGACGGACGCCACGCUGGUCAUUGAACACCUUCUCAUGACGGAUGAAGGCACCUACUCUUGCGAGUUUGCCACCUACCCCCACGGCAAUGAAAUUGGCACCACCAACUUGAUUGUCUUGGCCAAGCCCACAAACAGCGCUGCGGCCGAGGAGGUGAAGGCCAGCAACGUGGAGCAGCCAGUGGCCGUGUGCACGUCCGCCAACGGGAAGCCGCCGGCGCGCAUCACCUGGCAGUCGAAGCUGAACGGCAACUCCAGUGUUUCGCUGACAAAUAACCUCGACGGCACCGUCACCGUCACCAGCUACUACAACUUGAUCCCCACCAAGGAGGCCAACGAGCAGCAGAUCACCUGCCUUGUCGAAUACGUCGCCCUGCCGCAAGCCGAGUCCUUCCCUGUCCAGCUUUCCAUAUUGUAUGCCCCGGAGGUUGCCAUAGAGGGCUACGACGACAACUGGUAUUUGACCCGCAAUGACGCCAUACUCGUUUGCAGUGCGAGGGGCAACCCCACCCCGGUGGAUUUCUUCUGGACCACGACCAAUGGACCGCUUCCGAAGUCCGUCGAGGUCCAAGGUCACCGCCUACUCGUGAAAAAAGUGGAUUACAGUGUGAAUACCACCUUCAUCUGCCAAGCCACCAAUCGCGUGGGGCAGGUUUCGACCCAGCAAAUCAUCCUCGUCCGAGACCAGCCGGUGAAGAGUCAGAGCCGCAACGUUGGAGCCCUGGCCGGGGGUAUCGUGGGGGGGAUCCUGGCCCUGGCAAUUCUGGGGAUCAUAGUCUUCUUCAUCCUCCACCGCCGGCACCCCCGAACUUCCAAAGGCUCCUUUGACCCCAAGACUCGACCCUUUGGCAACGGGACCGCUCAGCCACCAAACCAUGACUUCACCGAACUCGACCGGCCGCUGAAACCCGCCACAGGAAGAAAGCCAGAGGACGAGGACGAGGAGGACGAGGAAGAUUACAGAGAGGAGGAGCGCGAAGAACGGCGGCACCCUCCCUACGGCUACGCCCCGCGGCACCGGGAGGACGAGGAGGAACGAUUCGACCAGCUGGGCCCCAUUCUGCGGUUCAGCCCUGACCCGCACGGCUACGAGUACGACGACAUGGAAUCCCAGCACGAUGGUUCCAUCAUCUCCAAAACGGCCGUCUACGUGUGAGCUUAGUCUGGACAGCCGUUCUGGGACCGCGGGAGA